ACUCCGUUUUGAUUACCUACUCCGUAUAUACUGUUGAAGGAAUUUGGUGAUCACAGAAACCUCCCACUUUCGAGAUCUCCUUUAAAACCACCCUCCUUCAGCACUAGAUAUUCCGGCGGGGAUUACUCAGCCUGGGUAACCCCGCCCCCUGCCAAAUCGUGCUCGAGAUUGCUUGUGCAAGUUCCUUUGGCGUUUCAGAUGAUGUGCCUGUGCUAGGUCACCAUGGCUUCCAUGAGACCGGGAGGUCACAGGCGGGUGCUGGGGAGCGCUGCAAGGACACUUUCCCCUAGUGCCGCCAUUCCCGUCAACUCUAAGAACCAGACCGCCUUAUCACCUUCAACCAGCUCUCUUUCUCUCGACUCGCAGCUGUCGCACUCGCCCCUCUCACUUGAGCCCCAAGACUUGGGCUCAAGGGUGUCGCUGGGAAAUGGAGAUUCUUCCCGGACGGCUUCGACAGCGAAGCUGAUAUGUCCCAUUUGCGAAGAAGAAAUGGUGACAUUGUUGCAACUCAACAGACAUCUUGAUGAUGACCACCAGAACCUCGAGGAGGUGGAGCAGGACGAGGUUAAGAAUUGGUUCAAAACUCAGAUGGUCAAAGCAAAGAAAUUUCAGCCGCUGGCUGUGUUGAAUCAAAAGCUCAAAGGUCUCGAUGUCUUUGAAUCUAACGAUACUCCGCCGUCGUUUGUGCCACCAAGUAGCAAUGCUGCCGUCGCUGAACCCCAUCGUGCCGAUCCGGAUGAAUUGGUAACAAGAGAGCACUGGCAGAGACCGCGCCCGGACGAGGUUUGCUCAGAACCGAUUUGCGAAAGGCGCCUAGGGGCCAUCAAUGGAAGUGUCAAUUGCAGGAAAUGCGGGAGGUUAUUCUGCGAGGAACAUACCAUGUAUCAGAUGAAACUAUCCAGGUCUGCCCAACACGAGCCCGUCCGCGGCGUUUGGUGCCGAGUGUGUGAAACGUGCUAUAAGCUGAGAGAAGGGUACAACGACCACAAUGGGCUUGAACGUGACCGUACUUCCGAAUUCGCUGAAAUUCGUCGACGGAAUGUGGAUAAAUCCUACCUUGAAAUUAGUCGCCUAGAAAAACGUCUCACGAAACUUACAAAACUUCUUACUAGCCCUCAGUUUCUUGAGCAAGAAAGCGCUUCCGGUGGCGCUUUUUGGUCGCUAUCAGGAGCGAGAAACCAAAGGAAAUUGCUUGAGCAAUCUGUCGUGACAUGGGAAGAAGAUGCAGCGGUUUCACACUGCCCAUUUUGCCAGCAAGAAUUUACUUCUUAUACAUUCCGGAGACAUCAUUGCCGACUCUGUGGACGAGUAGUUUGUGGAGACUCUAGAACGGGCUGCUCAAGUGAGGUCGGCCUAAAUGUUGCAACGAUGGCGGAUCAUCUUUCAGAAAAAACACUUGGCCAGAUGAGCCUAGAUGUUCGAAUGUGCAAAGACUGUAAAACCAUUUGUUUUAGCAAGCGUGAUUUUGCCAAUGAGCUUGCCCAACGGCCCCCAGAUUUAAGAGCCUAUGAAAAUCUCGUGCAAUUUGAGCGCGGAAUUCGACUCAUGCUUCCAAAGUUCCAACGGCUAUUAGUAGCUCUGCAAGACCCUGAUAAGCCUCCAACGCCAACACAACUGGCCGAGGCUUCAAAAGUCAGGAAGAGGCUCACAGACUCUUUCAGUCAAUACGAUAUUGCUGCACGCCGCAUCCGGGACAUGCCGACGAAAUCUAAAACGCAAUUGAGACUGCAAAAAGCAAUCUACCAUCAGGCAACGAAUUUUAUCCAUCUGCACAUGCUUCCGCUCAAGUCGCUUCCAAAGGUGCUGAAACAUGCCUCCCCCCACGGAGCCUCUCCUCGGCCAUAUUUCCCUUCUCCUGGCGGCCGGUCAAUUAGCGGACUGGCAGCCAUCAAGUAUAAUGAUCUUGAAUCAGCCAGUCAGGCGAGCAGUAACAGUGCUGUGUCGGUAAUGGAGGCUGAGGAGAAGUCUCUCCGUGAGCGACUGAUUGUGCUCGAAGAACAGAAAUUCUUCGUCUCCGAAAUGGUCGCCGACGCCAACAAACAUCGCCGAUUCGACGAGGUCUCGAGUCUCGCGCAGAAUAUUGAAGAUUUAAGCCAUGAAAUUGACCAGAUCAAUGGCAUGCUGUCGCAGCUUGAUUUUGCCGCUGUCUAUACCCAGUCGCCUGCUCCUAGCUCACCAUUCGGAACGCGGUCGGCGUCCAAAUGACUUUUUAUCUUUUUUUUUAUCUUCCUGUAUCUGUGUUUUACUUGACUGUCAGAUUAUUUUAUUUCGUUUCCCCCAGCCUUUGGGUUUUGGGCGUGGCGUUGGG